CGCGGGGGGGAGGCGUGUGGGGGAGAGGCGGCGCGUCCUGUCCUGUCCUGCAGCCGGGGAGCCCAGCCGCGGUCCUCGGCUCCGGGAGCCGCCGCCGCUCCUCUCCGCGCCGGCACCGGCCGCCGGGGCUGUGUGUGUGUGCCCAUUGCCUGCGCGGGAGCCGCCGCCGGAGCCUCUCCCGGAGGCACCAGGCAGCCCGCCCGGGAGGAGCUGCUGCCGCCGCGGAGGAGAGGGUGCGCGGACCCGCUGCAGGAUAAAGCAUGGAAUUGUUAAGGAAGAAAAUUAAUGCAUCCUUGGACUCCUGAAGGAAGAGCUUUCCCGAUGGGACAGCUUUCAAGACUCCUUGUUCUGUGAAUACCUGUGGGCUAGUAAACUGACCACCUUUCUGUGGCUACCUCGGGGAGGGCAGAGCCCAAGGGUCCCAUGGCCAUCACUUGCCCCCAGUUCAGCUCCCAAUAUGAAAAGGGCUGACCCAACACACCAGAGGAGAAGCUGGAUUUACUGUGGUCUGUGGAACCUGCCUUUGGGUACCAGCACCCAGUAACUUUCCAGAAAUUUUAUGUGCUUGGUGGAGAUGGAAAAAGAUGAAAAACAAGCUGGCUUCCAGGAGAAAGAAAGUGGCAAAUACUUAGUGGAACUUGAUUACUGUGGAACCACAUUUUGAGUGCUCCUCCUGGACAACUUUCGUAAAUAUUCUAGAUAACAGCAGAUUGAUAUGAUUGGAAACCUGACUCAUCAAACAGUAUAUACCGGAAGAAGCCUGCUUGGGAUAUGAUGUUUUGUACUGAUUCUGAAAGUCUGUGAGAAAGCACUGUAGACAUCUACCUAUUAUUUCCUAACUCUGCGUCUUGAUUCAGCUACAGAACUAGUCUUUGAAGUGAAUAGAGCCAGAGCCCUUUUGGAAACUUUUGUUGAACAUGACUCAUGGAGAAGAGCUUGGCUCUGAGAUGCACCAGGAUUCUGUUGUUCUAACUUACCUAGAGGGAUUACUAAUGCAUCAAGCAGCAGGAGGCUCAGGUACUGCAGUUGACAAAAAGUCUACUGGGCAUAGUGGGGAGAAUCAAAACUUUAAUAUUUCUGGAAAUAUAUUCCCCAGCUGUCAAAGUAAUGGUCCAGCUCUUAACACAAAUACAUAUCGGGGAUCUGGCAUGCUGCACCUCAAAAAGGCAAGACUGUUGCAGUCUUCAGAAGACUGGAAUGCAGCAAAGAGAAGGCGGUUGUCUGAUUCCAUUGUGGAUUUAGAUGGAAAAAAGGAAGCUUUGUUAGCUGGCAUGGUUGAAAGUGUGCCUAAAGGCAAACAGGAUAGCACAUUACUUGCCUCUUUGCUUCAGUCAUUCAGCUCUAGGCUGCAGAGUGUUGCUCUGUCACAGCAGAUUAGGCAGAGCCUUAAGGAGCAAGGGUAUUCCCUUAACCAUGAUUCUUUACAAGUGGAGAAAGAUUUAAGGUGCUAUGGUGUUGCAUCCAGUCACCUGAAGACUCUACUGAAGAAGAGCAAAGCAAAAGAUCAGAAGCUGGACAACAGCCUGCCUGAUAUAACGAAGAACCUGCCCAAAGAGAGGUUUAUCGAAUCUCCUCAUGCGGUGCAGAGCGGACCUAAAGUGAUAAAUGAGCCACUCUCAUGUGCUGCAAGAUUGCAAGCUGUUGCAAGCAUGGUAGAGAAACGAUCUAGUCCUGCUGCUUCACCGAAGCCCAGCGUAGCAUGCAGCCAGCUAGCUUUACUCCUUUCGAGUGAAGCUCACUUGCAGCAAUACUCCAGGGAACAUGCUUUAAAAGCACAAAAUGCAAAUCAAAUAGCAAGUGAGAGACUUGCAGCUAUGGCCAGAUUACAGGAAAGCACUCAGAAAGAUAUUGGACAGUUUGGUUUAGCAAAAGGAAUGACAAGCCAUCUCAAUGGUCAAACAGGAUCACCAACCAAACCAGUAUCUAGCAAAAGCAAUAUGGCACCAUUUCAGAGUUCAGUCAUGCAUUCAUCUCCCAAAACUGGGGGAUACAAAAGUACUUUGGAAAGAAGUAAUCUGAAAACCUCUCCCAGCAACAGUUUGCUCUUGCAUCUGCUGAAAAGCCAGAAUACCACCAAACACAUGAAAGGGCGUGAACAGAGUGAGAGAGCCAGCAAUUUUGAAGAUGGCAGCACACCAACAACUAUUGAUGAAUAUUCAGACAACAAUCCUAGUUUUACAGAGGACGACAGCAGUGAUGAUGAAAGCUCCCAUUCUAACUGUCUUCCUAUAGACCUAUCUUUUAAACAGAGGACAGAUAAACCAGAUGCAGGUCCACCUGCAUCACUGGAUAACCUGACUCAAUCCUUGCUUCAUAACUGGGAUCCAAAAGUUUCCUGUCCAGAGAACAAGGAAGACAAAGACACUCCAAAAGCUUCUAAGCUGAAUCCGCAUCAGAAAGUAACACUACUUCAGCUGUUACUUGGACACAAGAGUGAGGAAAAUGUAGACAAGAUUACUGACCCUCAGGGACCACACAGUGCAGCUGAUGUGGCAAAAUUCACUGUACAGACUGGUAAAAGGACUCCAGUUACUGACAGUCCCAGUGCAAGUCGAAUGACUCCGUUAAGCACUCCCCCUUUGCUGGCUUCUACAAAAGCAGAUUCUCCUAUAAAUCUCUCACACCAAUCGUUAGCCAUCAAGCGUAGCUCACCACCGUAUGCCUGCAGCAUCCAGCCAGAGAGACUGGUGAAUCCCGCAUCUAAACAUUUGAUAGACCUUUCCAAAAGCAAAGAAAUUCAAGGAGCGAAGCUAAGCAGGAAUGAUAGUCCCCAGAACUCUUCAGCAUUCAGUGCCAGCAAACUGUUGCAGAACCUUGCUCAGUGUGGCAUGCAGACUUCCAUGUCAAGUGAAGAACAAACAGCUAGCAAACACCUGCUAGCAGGAAACACAGAUAAACCUGUUGGCUUGAUUGAUAGAUUGAACAGCCCUCUGCUUACAAAUAAAUUGGGUACGCAUGAAGAAAAUAACAAAAUAUUCAGUUGUCAGCCUGCACCUGCUGAACAAGGACUUCCAGGUUCAGAAAUAGAAAAUCUCCUUGAAAGGCGCACUGUCCUUCAGCUGCUUCUGGGAACUCCCAGUAAAGGUAAAAGUGAAAAGAAAGAGAGGAUGCUUUUAAGAGAUGAAAGUUCUCAAGAACAGACAGAUAAGGCUUUGAAUGAGCAAAUAUUGACAGUGAAAAUAAAAACUGAACCAUCUGAAGAAUCAAAUAUUCCUUAUAAUUCAAAUGCACAACAAUUAAGAGAUGGCAAGGAUAACGCGUUUCAAGGAUUUGUACAUUCACUGCAGAGAAAUGCAGCUACUUCUCCAGCAUCUAAAGAGUUGAAAUCUGAGCCGAUUUCACCUCAAGAUUUCUCUUUUUCCAAAAACGGCCUACUAAGUAGGUUGCUGAGGCAGAAUCCAGACAGUUACCCUGCGGAUGAGCUGGACAGAAGUCACCGAAACAAUGAGUUGACACACCUUGAAUCAAAGAGUCUUUGCACAGUACCGAAGAAGAGGAAGCUUCAUGCUGAGCCUUUGGAAAGCCCAUUAAAAAAGAUGAAAAGUAAUAUGUCUGAUGCUGCAAACAAUCACGCUUCUCCUACCGAGGCACUGUAUGGGCCUUUGCUUAACCAGCAAGAACUGAAAUUCAACAGAAGUGAUGCUGAAUUUAAAUACACUGUAAGUCACAGUUCAAGUAAUGAAAGUGAAAAUAGGAGUUGGUCUAGAGAUAGUAAAGGCUUUAAUGUGUUGAAACAGCUGCUUCUCUCAGAAAACUGUGAGAGAGAUCUGUCACAACAUAGGAAUCACAUACUAGCUGAGGGCAAGAAAAAAGGAAACAAAACCAGUGCAACAAUUAAUAAACCUGAAUUCAGCAUUUCAUCAGUAAAUGCAUUAAUGGGAAGCCCUGUGCAACAGAACAAUUGUGUAGAUCAUAGAACAUUUCAGUAUCCUGUAACAGUAAAAAGUCCUGCUGGUUCCCCCUUCCCUGAUCAUUUGGGGAGUACAGUAUCUAGACUCGAGUCUGACCAGUUUAGCGUGUGUCCCAUGCCCAGUGAAAAAGGGCCCAUCAGAUGGGUAAUCACAGGUAUGGACAAGAAUGAUUACGAAAAAGACUCUCCAAGACUGACCAAAAGCAAUCCAAUAUUGUACUAUAUGUUACAGAAAGGCGGCAACUCUGUUAGUAGCCAAGAAGCACAUGACAAAGAAAUUUGGAAUGGACCUUCAUUUGCUGAUAGCUCAACUCAUGUUACCAUCAAAGAGGAGUUGAUAUCUGAUGCAGAGCUUAAAACUCCUUUUACUAACUUAAGAAGCCCUUACAACAGCCAUAUAGGGAGUAAGACCACUCAUCAGCAUGCUGUGAAUGGAGAAGUGCAUGGACUUCUGGAAAAAGUGCGAACAAUCAAAAAAGAGCCAGAAUAAACUACAGCCUCCUCAGUGAGUUUACAAUCAGUGGUUUUGAAUCUUUGUUUAAAAAAAAAAAAAGAAAAAAGAAAACAUAAAAAUGAGUACGAACUUGACUACUGUAUAAAUUGAGCAUGAUUUUAGAAAAGCAUGGUCUAAUUGAAACAUAUUUUCAUUUGCUAAACUUUUUAUUUUUCUGGUGAUGUUAUUUAAAAUACAUGUAGAUAAAAUUUGCUUUACAGUAGAUGGUCACAAGGAAACUAGAAAGGUUGUAAUUUGUACAAGACAUUUCUGUAUGUAUCAGAUUAAGUUAUGAGUACUUUUUGAUCAGUCUUAUUUGGAUCUGCAAGUUUUUGGCAUAACAUAAAGUGUAAGCAUACAGCCUAGGCGGUGGUAAUGCUGCAUUUCCUCCCUCUCUGUAAAAUAAUCCUUAUUUUUUGGAAGCCUGAGCAUAGAGAUAGUGUACGGGUUGUUUUUUCUUCCUUUUUUUUUUUUUUUUUUUGAAUGUUUAAUAUGUUUUGUGAAAUUUUAAGAAUAACUUUUAAGAAAAGGAGCAGUCUGUCCAAGGUAUUAGCUCAUCAUAUUGGAAAACCUGUGUCAGUGUUAAUAAAUGAAAUGCACUGAAAUGUGUUUUUUUAGUGCUCCCAAAAUUUUUAUGUUAUUUUUAAAUCUUGUUUGUGGUCCUGAUGGAAUAGUGGUGUAAAAUCUAUUUUUCUUCCUUGCCCUGCUCUUGAUAAAUGCCAUCCUCCAAAUUUUUAGCCAUAGUUAUGAGUUACUAAUUAUGAUCAAGGGACUUUUCUAGGUUUUUAUACAAAAGGCAGAUUUUCAUAGGCCAUGCAAGUACUGCAUGAGUCCUUUUGUCGACACAUUCCUGUCAGUUUCCUGGUUAAAAGGGGAAAGCCAAAAUGCCUGUUGGGGUAGUACAGUUAAGAAAGCUUAGUUGCAAAUAUUUAGUGAGGAAAAUGGUGGGAAGUUUGUGAAAUGAAAUGUCUGUUUAGCACCAUCCUGCUUCCCCUGCUGAGCACUACUAACUGUGCUAAAGCAUCACUUCAGGCUUCCACUCAAAGAUGGAAUAGGAUUUUAAUGAAAAAUGUGUUGGCCUCUUCCUACAACCAGGGAAAAGAAUCCAUAUUCUGCCAAUAUUUAUUGCUCUCUGAACAGCUGAUGCAUGGUUUAAUGCACUACCCCAUCACUGCAGAAAACCUGGUUUUCAAAUAAUUUUUCUGGUUGCACUGAGGAUAAAAUUGUGGUUUUGUCAUGUUCUGUAAUGGAUAGUGGGACACGUCUGAGAAAUCCUCCUCUGCCCUUUUCCUCAAUCCCCACCUGUGCUGUGAUUUGUAACAUCUGGCAAUAUUAGCCUGAGAUGGGAGUAACUGAAAAUUGCGGUCAGAGCUGAGACACCUUAAAGGAAUUGCUGGCAAGGGAAGAGCCAUGCUGCUCUGCUUUCCUGUUAAUGCUGUCAAGUGUUAACUCCAUUUGCAGCCUUUAUUUCUCAUGGGGGAGGAGGAGGACAAAAUCCAGUUCCUCUAAAUUGCAUGCAUUAUUGGCAACCAUAAGUUCUGCUGAACUUUUUACUCCCCUGGAAAAAAAAGUGUUCCCUGUAGCUUCUAAUUUCACUGAUAAUCCCCCAUGCUAUCGGCAGGCAGUUAAGUAGUUGGCUUGCACAGAUAAUAAAAGCUACAAUCUGUUUUAAUUUUGACUGGUCUUACCAUUGAGAGCUGAUGACAUGACAAAACUGCUGUUUCUGUCCAUCUCAUGUUUGCAUAGCAGGGGUGAAUGACAGGGCAUUUUGCUCUUUUUCCUUCUGGUUUGGUUUCAGAGAUCCUUUUCCCAGACUCCUGGCUUGUUGAGACAGAGUGAGCUGUUGUCCCCUCUCAUCCUCUCCCAGGGAUCAGUUUCUCCUCUUCCCAGUGCAGUCUCUACAGAAAGGGAUUUCUCCUCCCUGCCAGCUGGAAAAUGCACCACUAUUCUGUUUUGCCCCUCCAGGGGAUAGCUUCUUUUAGGGAACACAAAUAUUUGUCAGUAUUAGAUAUAAAACAUUCCCCCUGGUUUAUAUAAGAAAUAAUGGAGCAAUUUAAAGAUAUAUUUUUAUGUUAUUUGGGUGAAGCGUAAUAUAUUAAUGGGCUGUACAAAGAAGAUUUAUAUUUUAAAACCUUCACACAAAUCUAGCAUCAUUUUGAAUGUCAUUGUCCGAAGUAUAAUAUAAAAAUAAAAUUUUAUUUGUCUUUAAUACUGCAUUUAUAAGUGGCCCAGUGACAAUUCAGAUGUCUCAUAGAAUAGUCAUUAACAAGAUAAAGUAUAUUUUGGAUUGACAGUGAACUGAAUUCUUUUUAUAUGAGUCAACCCAGCAGAAAUAUUAAAAAGAUGGUAUUUGUUCCAUCCAUUAAAUGUCUCUUAAAGUCUUAAUUGAUUAUUUUUCUUGAAACAACAUGUAUAUAGCUAGGAAAUAUAUACAAUAUAGAAUAAUAGAUGGUCCCCAGAGUAAAUACAGGGCUAUAAUUUAUUUGAAGGGCUCCGCAGAAAAAAACAGCUUGAAUAGAUGUGAAAAAAAUCUGGUUAGAAAAGCCUCAUCAAAACGAAGUUGAGACGAAAAGUAAGGAGGAGAGUCUAACCCUAACAUAAAGUAAUAUCGGAGUCUAGGAGUGUGCUUACCUAUGUAUUUAUUCUAUGGUAGUCUAUUGUUGUAAUAUAUACUUUUGAACAUUUAGUUUUUAAAGUUUUAUAAAACAUUUAAGUUAAAAUGUUAACAGUUUGACCGGUUAAUGAUUUAGCUUUCUUUUCAGGUGAUGUUAAUGAAAGGUAUUACCAUUCUCACAGACGUCAGUAAACUUAUAAUACACAAGAAUUUUAAGUUUAGGACAUGCUGUUCAUGGAAAAAUCUUACCUCUUGUAGACACUGCAAUCUCAAGCAGCAUGUAAGGUAAUGAUGAGGCUGUUGAGAGAGAGAGAGGGUAGAACAUGCCAACUGAAUGCUCUUCAGUCAGCUGCUAAGACAACAGUCUUCUAUAUGAAAGUCUCCAGUAACAGUUACCCCUGCCUACAGAAGAGAGCUCUACCCCAUUUACAUUUACAGCCUUUAAACCUGAGGACCAAAGGCUCUUUAGUCAUUUUUUAUCUUGUAACAUGGGUGAGUGAAAAGGAGCCACAAUUAUUUUCCUUGGGGACUUUUCCCUUCAGAAGAGGGGGGGUUUUGUUGCACCAGCAGAUGGACUGGUAGAGCUAGCUGUGUUUUCCCAAGCAACUCAAAGAUCCUCAAUUUCCACCCAUCUCUGUAGAUGAAUGACAGACCAAGGUCAUCUGUUGAGUAAUGCGUAGUAUUUUUGGCAACUCCUGUCUACUUGGUUCAGUAGACAUUUGCUGCUAGGAUAUGCAUUUCAGCUGUCCCCAGUAUGAUUCCCCAGUCUGUGGGAGUGGAAGCUUCAAAAGACAGCUUUGCAAACUUGGAAGGCAGAAGUGUCAGCUAGGUAUUUAGACUAUAGACUUGAAGAAAAAUGGGGCCUUGCCAGACAUUGGCAGCAGUAGCUGUGUAGGCGAAGAGGUGCAGGAUUGAUGGGUGGUGUUGUGGGAUCUCACCGUCUAAGGAGAAGGAAGGGAGGAGAGAAGACAUCCCAGUUGUAGCUGGGUGAGACUGCUGUGGAAAGCUGCCUCCACCUCGUGAAGCAGUGGAAGUUCGCUUAACUGGGAAUGGUUGCAGUAGCAGUUGGGGUGCUAAGUGCCCGAUGCCAUGCUCGAGGGGUGUCUACAGACUCGUGCUAUUUCAACUGCUGUGGUGGUGUAGCACUCAAGCUAGCUAGAUUGGGGGAUGGACUUGCAAUUGCUAUGCAGAUAUGCCUUUUCUUUCUAGAGGGAAGUGUAUGGGACUAAGAUAACCAGAUUUCUAGUGUCUCCUUUGCCAAAGUUUGAGAAAAAGGUGUAACAUAUGACCACAGAAUCAGAGGUGUUUUGCUGGAGGGCUUCUCUACUGAUACUGCAUAACUGAGUGGCUCAGUUUGAGAGGUUUAUAAACAUUACAAGAUCAAAAGGGAAUUUAGCCAUAAUUUUCACUUUUCUUAGCCAUUUCUCUUAAUAAUGUUUUUAAAUUUUUAAUUUACAAAUGUUUUUAAAAGAAAGAAAUGAAUGGUUUAAAUUUUCCCUGUUAAAUGUUGGUGAAAGUAUUACAGCUCUCAUUGACGUCAGUGACAUGAUAUUACCAGUUUGUUCUCUGCCACAUCUUGCAGAGGGGUAAACUGGUAAGUAUAUAUUAUAUAUAUUUAUAUAUAAUGUAAAUAUAUUGACUUGUUACACCUAUAAUAUGUUGAAAUUGGUUUUUAAAAGGUGAUGUAAAUAGCGAUUUCCUUAAUGAAAAAUACAUAUUUUGUAUUGUUCUAAUGCAAAGGAAAAAAAAACAAACAAAAACCUUUUAAUCUUUUUUGUUAUGUAUAUUCCAUGUAUAAGUGUAAAUAUGAUCACAUAGGUUUAAAAACUUUUGCAUGUAUGUAUACAGUUGCAAGUCUGGAAGAAUGUAUAGAAAAAUACUUUUAUUUAAAGUUGUGAUUACCUGCUGCAUGAAAAGUGCAUGGGGGACCCUGUGCAUCUGUGCGUUGGCAAAAAAAAUAUGUCUUAACAAGUCAGGUCAGUUCAAAAUGCAACAGUAUUCCACUUCUGGACAUGACUUCUGCUGUGGUAUUUUAGCUUUGUGAAAGAAUGUGCUUCAAAUCAAAAGGGUCUGGGGAAAAAAGAAAAACAGAAACGCAAAACUACUUUUAAAACAUGAAGUACUCAUACAACUGUAACCAGUCAUGUAAGUUCAGGACUCCAUUUUGCAUAACAGAAAUAUUGUACCAGGACUGUUCCAUCCCUGUGAAACAAAGGAAUAUCGAUUUUCGUUGCCAUACAUAAGACUUCGGGAUUUUACCACAACCAGUUUUAUUGUGAUGUGUCUUCAGUAAUUUAUCUAACUGGUCUCAUUUUUAUUAGAAAUUAAUUUCCUCAUGUGAUGUCACAAAACUGUACAUACUGCAGUGUGAAGUUUUUUUAAAUCUUUCAGUGUUUACUUCCUGCAGAAGAUUUGAAUAAAUGAAAAAAAUGCA